AAGUGAAGGAAAAACUGGAUUUAGACAGUCCCUGGAUUGAGAAAACGCUUUAGGAAAGACAGACGCAAUUUGAGGUGUUCUCAGUGGUGUCACUUAAACCUAACCUAAGUUUCUUGCUCUAUUAUUAUUGUUUCCAAUGGGAAUAAAAUGGAUAUAGUGAGCCAGGGCCUGAGGACCAUUUUAUGGAAACUGGACGAAGGCACCCUGUUGUCUUUGGCUAAAACGGUGACCCAGGGCCUAAAGCCCAGUUACUCUAGUGACGAGGCCGUGGAGAAUGUAAUGAGGCACUCUCAGGACCCCAUAAGCAUCCUCAGAAGAAAAGCCAUUACUAAAGAGGUCCUGUUUGCCUACUUGGACGAGAAUAAUGUUAAAGUACACCUCCCUAUAACAAAACCGGAACUGAUUGAUGCUGUAACGGACUAUUGGCAAAUCAGUCGGGGCCUGUCCGAGAUGCCCCAAAGUGAUGACGUUAAUGUGAUGGCCGAGCAGUUCGCCCAGUGGUUCUACUCAAUGUUGAAUGACAAUCAGUGCGGCCCCGAACAUUUUUUUUCCGAUGCCACAUUAAAACUAAAACUCUUUCUCGAUAAUGAGUGUCAUACCAAACAAAUAGAGCAUGAUCCACAAGAGAUCAUUGAUAAUCUACAAGGAAUCAGACAGCAGUAUAACCUCACUUUUAACCCGAAUACUAGUAGCGAGGGGAUCCAAGGCAGGGUGGAUCCUUACGGGUUAGUGCUGGUUCUGGCCUGUGGGACUCUGCACGAGCAGGACGUAUGCCCCGGGGUGUUCGAGCAGGUGUUCUUUCUGGCAAAAGACCCCUUCUGUGACAAUAAUUGGAAAAUCAAAAGUACCGACUUGAAUUUGAGGUUAAGGCAGUCGGGGUUCGGCCCCCCUCGGUUAUGUGACAGCGAAUUAACCAAUGACUUACUCAUGUUGCCUUACGAAUAGAAUAUAAAUUUAUGUGUAAAUUAUUGUUUUUGUUUAUUUAUUUUGAAACUGUCAUUAAAAGGUUGUCAAAUUUGA